CAAAUUCAAAAUUCAAAAUUCAUGUGACCGAUAUCAUUGAAAGUUGAAAUGGAUCCCGCGGAAUCCAGCUGCAUCUGCCAGCAGCAUCCCUGCUGCCAGAACCAGAGUGAGACGGAGACCGCGACCGAGUGUGGCAUCCUGGCCAGGGGGCAGCGAUUCUAUGCAAGCCUAGACUGGGAAAUGCUCACAAUCGGCGUCAUGCUGCUGAUCAUCCUGCUUCUGAUGCUGCCGGGACUGUACCUAGUGCGGAGGCAUCAUCACAAACUGUGCUAUGGCGGCGGCGGCUGUAUUGCGACGGGGUUCUGGACGCACGACGAGGGCCCGAAUCGGCGAUAGGAUUCGGCGUUCUGUUCUAUAUCUGAGCGCAGUUUAAUUGAAGUUUGGCAAUAAAUUGAACUAGCUUCGUUUCCUGGGCAUGCUGCCAGAA